CUCUCAUUUGAAUUUUGAUUCGUAUAAAAAUCUCACAGUCGGGUACGUAAUUUUGUGCUCUUUAUUCCUCUAGAUUUUUCUUUUGUUCUAUUUCGUUAGAGACUCUCUCUCUAUCUCCUUCCAAUCGCUUAAGAAUCAAUCUCCAAAGCGCUUUCAGGACUUUGUUUGAAUGGACAGCACGGAAAGAUACAAUAUUUCCGGUUUGCUGAUCCAUAUCUGAAUCUUGGACUUGUAAUCUGUUCAUGUCUGUGGAAUAAAUUUUGUUGUGUACAUUGAUCGGCGAUAAUAAUAAUCUUGGAGUGCAAGAGGAAAUUGGUGGAUCUAUCUUAUCUUAUAAGAGGACAAUGAUGGCAUCACUUUUGGAUUCUUUGGUAUCUAGAAUGGCUUCAUUUUCGGCCUCUGAUCACGCCUCUGUUGUUUCACUCAAUCUCUUUGUUGCACUUCUCUGUGCUUGUAUUGUCCUUGGCCAUCUUUUGGAGGAGAAUCGAUGGAUGAACGAAUCCAUCACCGCCUUAUUGAUUGGGCUGGCCACUGGUGUUGUCAUUUUAUUGAUUAGUAAUGGAAAAAGCUCACAUCUUCUGGUCUUCAGUGAAGAUCUUUUCUUCAUUUAUCUUUUGCCUCCCAUUAUAUUCAAUGCUGGGUUUCAAGUGAAAAAGAAACAGUUCUUCCGAAACUUCGUCACUAUUAUGCUUUUUGGUGCUAUUGGAACUGUUAUCUCUUGCACCGUCAUAACUCUAGGUGUAACGCAGUUCUUUAAGAAACUGGACAUUGGAACCUUUGACUUGGGUGAUUAUCUUGCAAUUGGUGCUAUCUUCGCUGCAACAGAUUCAGUCUGCACACUGCAGGUUCUGAACCAAGAUGAGACACCUUUGCUUUACAGUCUUGUAUUCGGAGAAGGUGUUGUGAAUGAUGCCACAUCGGUUGUUAUCUUCAACGCAAUUCAGAGCUUUGACCUCACCCACCUUAACCAUGAAGCUGCUUUUCAACUUCUAGGCAACUUUUUCUACUUGUUUAUCCUCAGCACCUUACUUGGUGUUGCGACUGGUCUGAUAAGUGCAUAUUGCAUCAAAAAGCUAUAUUUUGGAAGACACUCAACUGACAGAGAGGUUGCCCUCAUGAUGCUUAUGGCGUAUCUUUCUUAUAUGCUUGCUGAGCUUUUCGACUUGAGUGGUAUUCUCACUGUGUUCUUCUGUGGGAUUGUGAUGUCUCAUUACACCUGGCACAACGUAACCGAGAGCUCAAGAAUCACCACCAAGCACACCUUUGCCACUCUGUCGUUUCUUGCGGAGACAUUCAUCUUCUUGUACGUCGGAAUGGAUGCAUUGGACAUUGACAAGUGGAGAUCAGUGAGUGACAGCCCGGGAACAUCGGUGGCAGUGAGCUCAAUCCUAAUAGGUUUGCUCAUGCUUGGAAGAGCAGCAUUCGUCUUUCCCUUGUCGUUUCUUUCAAACUUAGGCAAGAAGAACCAAAGUGAAAAAAUCGACUUCAAGAUGCAAGUUGUGAUUUGGUGGUCUGGUCUUAUGAGAGGUGCUGUAUCAAUGGCCCUUGCGUACAACAAGUUUACAAGAGCUGGGAAAACGGAUUUGCGCGGGAAUGCAAUCAUGAUCACCAGUACUAUCACCGUCUGUCUUUUUAGCACAGUGGUGUUUGGUAUGUUGACAAAACCACUCAUAAGAUUCCUUUUGCCGCACCAGAAAGCCACAACUAGCUUUUUAUCUGAUGGCAACAACACACCAAAGUCCAUCCAGAUCCCUCUGAUAGAUCAAGACUCGUUCAUUGAGUUUGCAGGGAACCCCAAUGUUCCUCGGCCAGACAGUAUACGUGGCUUCUUGACACGGCCCACUAGGACAGUGCAUUACUACUGGAGACAGUUUGAUGACUCCUUCAUGAGACCUGUUUUUGGAGGGCGUGGCUUUGUCCCUUUCGUCCCUGGUUCUCCAACGGAGAGAGACCCCCCUCCUACUGAUCUCAGUAGAGCUUGAUAGUAUGUGUGCAUUGUGUAAUGUUUUUAUAUUUGUAUUAUUUGUUUGUGAGGGACAGAGAGCUGUCCCUACGUUUUGAGAGCAGUAAGCAAACUCUUUGAAAGUGUUCUGAUUGCAAUGUGUAUUAUUCAAUGUAUUUGUUUAUUUGUAAAAUUGAACAGAAAAAAUUAUACAUUUGUUAAUGUUUUUUUUUGAGCAA